AUCCAAUGCUAUCAGUUUGGCCACAUGGCGUAGCAACUUAGUAUGGUGGGUGAGGGCACCUUCUGUGUUGGUGGGGGCUGCAGUGGAUGACAGUACUGGCAGUGGAAAACCCCAAAUCAUGGUGUCAUGAGAAGGCAGAACAAACGUGAGAGAGAAAAAUAAAAAAUCUUACUGAUUUUUAUCACUUCACUGUUAAUGAUUGUCAAUUCAGAAUCUGCGGUAAGUACUGCCAAAAAGACCAGGGAGACAACUUUGAGAGUUGGCAUUGAGAAGGCGUGACUGUCGUGAGCUUUAUUUCAAACUGAAGAUAAGAUUUUGUCUGCGAUUGAGUUCUUGACUGGGUUUAUAUACGAGUGAAGAAGGUGAUGAGGAGUGAAAUGUGGAUGAAAAUGGAGAGUUUCAGAGCUUUGUUAGGUGGGAUUUUGGUGGCAUGGGUGUUGGGUGUGGGGGGUGAGGUUGGGAUGGGGUUGCCCAGCUGUGGUUUUCCGGCGAUUUACAACUUCGGCGACUCCAAUUCAGACACUGGUGGUAUAUCUGCGGCGUUUCUUCCGAUUUCAGCGCCGUAUGGUGAGAACUUCUUCCACAAGCCGGCUGGGAGGGACAGUGAUGGGCGUGUCCUCAUAGACUUCAUAGCUGAGCAUCUGGGGUUGCCAUACCUGAGUGCAUACCUGGAUUCAAUCGGAGCAAAUUACCGGCAUGGUGCCAAUUUCGCAACGGGAGGAUCAACCAUUCUGAGGCCCAAUGAAACCAUAUAUCAGUAUGGUAUAAGCCCAUUCUUCCUUGACAUGCAGAUUUCCCAGUUCGACCAGUUCAAAGCACGCACCAGGGAUCUCUACAUUCAAGCAAAGUCACCCUCUGACAGAGACAAACUCCCGAGGCCAGAGGACUUCCCAAAGGCUCUUUACACGUUUGAUAUUGGGCAAAAUGAUCUCUCUGUUGGUUUCCGACAGAGCUAUGGCCAACUCCGAGCUUCUAUCCCGGAUAUAGUCAACAAGUUUACAGCUGCUGUCCAACAUCUCUAUCAAGAAGGAGCUAGGACAUUCUGGAUACAUAACACAGGCCCUAUUGGUUGCUUGCCUGUAGCAGUAAUGUACAUCCGAAAUCCACCACCAGGCAUGCUUGACCAGUAUGGCUGCAACAAGGCUCAGAAUGAGAUUGCUGUGGAGUUCAAUAAGCAGCUCAAGGAUGGAGUGAUGAGGCUAAGGGCGCAGCUCCCACAAGCUUCCAUAACAUACGUUGAUCUCUAUGCUGCAAAGUAUGGGUUAAUAAGUGAUGCAAAGGGACAAGGAUUUGUGGAUCCACUGAAGAUCUGCUGUGGGAAUCGUGUGAAUGACUACAAUGUUUGGUGCGGGCAGAAGGCAAUUAUAAAUGGAACUGAAGUGUAUGGCAGUUCUUGUGCAAGUCCCUCGGCGUAUAUAAGCUGGGAUGGUGUGCACUACUCUCAGGCGGCGAAUCAUUGGUUUGCUAAUCAUAUACUCAAUGGCUCACUGUCGGACUCUUCACUUCCAAUCGCCCAAGCUUGUCACAAGCCUUAUCACUUCUGAUCAUUCCUAUGUAUGUUUACUUAAAGACUACUCAUAUAAGGGCUUGAACACACAGAAUACCUUGGGUGUAGGAAAAUAUCUCAGUUCGUUUCUAUGUCAUGGUGUUAAGGUUAACAAACAAAUGAGUUCAAUAUGAGGCUUUUUGUAUCCUUGGAUCAAAACCAGACAAUGGAAGCAACAAUAAUGGUGGCAUGAUCAAUGAGUCUGUAGGCAGAGCAACUGCUCUGCUUCCUUCCCAA